ACUUUAUUCCACAAUUUCCAAACUUUGAAGAGAAAAGCCACCAUGUUGUUGAACCUCUCCUGCGUAUAGAUCAUUGCGGGAUUAAAAUAUCCUGGAAUAAAGAGCUUUGAACCCGAUAAGCCUGGAAAAAUACUUCUGAUGGACAUGAACAGUGGAUCAUGUCCACUGUUGAAGAGGCUACAACAGUGUUGGAACUGAGGAUCACUGGAAGUAACUUUGAUUUGUCUUCAUUUAACCCUCAUGGGAUUAGCACAUUCACAAAUGAAGAUAAUACCGUGUACCUGCUGGUGGUGAACCACCCAGAUUUUAAGUCCACGGUUGAGUUGUUUAAAUUUCAAGAAGAAGAAAAGUCACUUUUGCAUCUGAAAACCAUCAAACACAAACUUCUGCCCAAUUUGAAUGGCAUUGUCGGUGUGGGACCUGAACACUUCUAUGCCAUCAGUGAUCACUGUUUUGUUGACCCCUACCUGAGAUCCUGGGAGUUGUAUUUGGGUCUAGCGUGGUCAUUUGUUGUUUACUACAGUCCAAAUGAAGUUCGAGUGGUGGCCAGCGGAUUUGAUUUUGGUGGAAUCAACAUCUCACCUGAUGGCAAGUAUGUCUAUAUAUCUGAAGUGCUGGCUCAUAAGAUUCAUGUGUAUGAAAAGCACGCUAAUUGGACUUUAACUCCAUUGAAGAAGCCUCUGGACUUUAACACACUUAUGGAUAAUGUAUCCCAGGAUCCUGUGACAGGGGACCUUUGGGUUGGUCGCCACCCCAAUGGCAUGAAAAUCUUCUUCUAUGACCCAGAGAAUCCUACUGGAUCAGAGGUCUGGAAGCAGGUCACGCGCCAUGCUUGGUCCACACACUCACACGUGUGAGCCUUCCAGUAACCACCAUUCCCUCAGCACAUCCACACAGACACGCGCACACAAGCACGUCAGCACCCUCUGUUUAGC